GUACAUUGCAGCUCUGCCGUGUUAUUUGACACGAACAAUUCAAGUUGGCCUCGCUCUUUGCGAUCCGAUCCACUUCUCAUCAGAAUUCCGAGAAUUGACACUUGCCUCCAACGAACCAACACGACAAGAACGAAGCGGAAUGAUGGGCCAGCUGGUUCCGUGAUGGCAUCAUUGUCAGACCAAAUUCUGUUUCAGUUCCUCAUCAGACCUCUGGACUUGCUUGACAGAAGCGAAUCUACUUUGCCAAGCCUCAGGAGUAGCAACAUAACAACAGCAGCAGCUUUUGAGUUAGAACCAUGAUGCUUUCUUCCUUGCGCAUUGCCGAACGCCGCCUGCCCAUUCUGGGGCAGCAGGUGGUGAGGAGAGCAUUUCAUCAGACAGUCCAAAGGAAUUCCGCUGGAGCAGCCGCCGCUACAGCAGAUGAAACUCGAGAAAUGAAUUUGUUCACGGCCGUCAAUCAAGCCAUGGAUAUUGCGCUGGCAAGUGACCCUACGGCCAUUAUCUUUGGAGAAGACGUUGCUUUUGGUGGAGUCUUUCGUUGUACCCAGGGACUGGCGGAAAAGUACGGCAAGGACCGAGUCUUCAAUACACCUCUCAGCGAAAAUGGCAUUGCUGGGUUUGCCAUUGGGCAUGCCAGUGUGGGCGGGACGGCCAUUGGGGAAAUCCAAUUUGCAGAUUACAUUUUCCCUGCGUUUGAUCAGAUUGUCAACGAAAUGGCCAAAUUUCGUUACCGGUCGGGGAAUCAAUGGAACUGUGGCAAUGUCGUCUUGCGAGCACCCUGUGGUGCCGUCGGCCAUGGUGGCCAUUAUCACAGUCAAUCUCCCGAAGCCUACUUGGCGCACACACCCGGUUUGGUAGUCGUCAUGCCACGAUCCCCCAAAACAGCCAAAGGAUUGCUCCUCUCAUCGAUUCGGUCACCCGAUCCCGUUGUCUUUUUGGAACCCAAGGCACUGUACCGUACGGCAGUGGAACCCGUCCCCACGGGAGAUUACGAAUUGCCACUCGGACAGGCCGAAGUGAUGCGUUCCGGAAGCGAUGUCACCAUUGUAGGAUGGGGUGGACAUUUGAAAGUUCUCGAGGAAGCCUGCGAUAUGGCCCAUGGAUUGCAUGGCAUUUCCUGUGAACUGAUUGAUUUGCAAACGAUUCUACCCUGGGAUGUCGAUACCGUCGUCGAGUCGGUCCAAAAGACGGGCAAAUUGGUCGUGUCGCACGAAGCACCGCUGACGUGUGGAUUUGGAGCCGAAGUGGUGGCGACGUUGCAAGAACACUGCUUUUUGAGUUUGGAAGCACCCAUUCAACGCAUCUGUGGUUUGGAUACACCCUUCCCGUUGGUGUUUGAAAAGUACUACAUCCCCAAUGCGCUCAAAAACUUGGAUGCCAUUACUAACGUCAUGGAUUAUGGACGAUAGCCUGGCGACUGGCUAGCAGAGUGAAGUUAAAGAAGAAAUAAAUGAGGGAAGAAGCGACGAUACCGCGGCAUUUCAAUCUGCAGCGACGGACGAGAAACGAACCGCGUGGAGAAUCUUACACGAAGCCAUCAAUUCAAACACGGCAACAAUUCAUCAAUAGCUAUAGACUCAUACAUACAACAAAAAGC